AUGUGUUCCGAAGACAAGUAUCAAUCGGUUCUCGCCAGUCGUUAUUGUAAAAAUAGUCCAUUGAUGGACUAUUUGUCAGAAACAAGAAAGGUUUUAAGAAGGGUUAAAAAGGAAUGAAAAAUAAAUUUUUUGAGGCGUCUUUAUGGCGACAAUUAUGGAUAUGGUUGGCUGAAGCUGAACACGAACUUGGUUUGAAGCAGGUAAUCGGUUGCAGAAAUGUUAUUUUGAGAAGAUAUAAUGAUACCGUUGUUAACAGAUUAAUGAAGAAGCGAUCGAAGAAAUGAAAAAGAAUCGCGACGUUUUCGACUGGCCGCUAAUUCGGAGCGAAGAGAAAAAAUUGAAGCAUGACGUCAUGGCUCACAAUCACGCUUUUGGAAAGGUUUUUUCUUUUCAUAGAAUUAAAAACCUUAACUACGUAACUACGGCUGUAUAAGGCGGCAGAUCGUAUUACGGUGGUUUGAAUAAAUUUUCUGGUGUUAAAAUGAGAGCUUGUGUGUUUUUUUUUCUAAUACAACUUAUCUUCUAAUCUCGAAAAGAAGAUCUUUAAGAUACGGCAAAAAAACAUUUCCUGGCUCUGAAACUGAAUAUUGCCGGCCGCCGUAGAACUGUCUUAUAAUCCGUGCUACAACGUAUGAAUUUUUGAUUUGACAGAUUUGUCCGAAAGCAGCUGGGAUAAUUCAUCUCGGCGCGACAUCUUGUUUCGUCCAAGAUAACGCCGACCUCAUCGCAUUCCGUGACUCGAUCGAUCACAUUCUGCGAAGGUUUUCCUCGAUAUUCAGCUCGAAAAAAAAAAUCAUUUUUCAAGAUUCGCCACAGUCCUUGAUCGACUCUCCACUUUUGCGCUCGAGAACAAGGAGGUUUCUGCCUUUUUUCCAGCUUCGUGAAUCAAUUUUCGGUAGGUUGUCACUGUGGGACGCACGCAUUACCAGACGGCGUCGCUGGUGACAGUUGGAAAGAGGGCGGCGCUGUGGGCUCAGGAGUUUCUGAUGGCCUUCCAACAGGUUCUUGUCCUCUGCUUCUUCCAUCAAUCGUCUGUCACAGAUUGCCGAGUUCCGUGACAAAAUGCGCUUCCGAGGGAUCAAAGGAGCCACUGGCACCCAAGAUUCUUUCCUCACUCUUUUUAGUGGGGAUGAAGAGAAGGUUUUUCAUUUAUAUCAAACUCUUUUCAAGAUCUAGACUUGUAUGUUUAAGAGAAAGCUUUUGUAAGAUUUAUUUCUGAAAGUGAUGAAAUUUUCUAAUGAGAUACUUGGGAGCUCCAGAGUGGUCUUAUGGGGGCAACCUUAGGGCCAUUGGAGGGUGGUAGGGCACUUCAUCAACCCCUAGAGGGGCUACAAAAGUGCAAAAGUGGCCCCUAUAGGGGACAUGCUAGUCGAUGAUCCCUAUGAACUCUAUGCGAAGAAGGAAAAACUAAAUAAAUGCGUUUUUUGAAAAAAUUGGAGGACCCCUAUAGGGACCACUUGUCCGUCUUUUCUAGGAGCUGUUUUUCCCCCUAACCCCUAUAGGGAUCACUUUAAAACUCCUGAGUAGUAAAAUAAAAAUUGAAAAGCCGUCUUGUUUAAAGUUUUGUGGGAUCAUAUGGUCGACAUGAGCUAUGGAUUUUUGCAGGUCGAAAAACUCGAUAUUCUUGUCACGGAGAAGGCUGGUUUCAAAAAUCGGUUUUUGAUUUCGGGACAGACCUACUCUCGACAACAAGAUGCUCAGCUCAUUUUCGCGCUGUCUCUACUUGGUGCGGCUGCGAAGAAAGUUUGCACGGACGUGCGGGUUCUUCAGGCCUUCGGAGAGCUUCUGGAGCCUUUUGAAAAGGUUCGGUUCGAUGAAAGACAUCUUCUCAUAAAGAAAAUGGAACUUUUCUUAGUCUUAUGCAUUCCGAUUCUCGUGAUUUUCGAAAGUAAUGUUGUGGGUGAUGGCCGCGAAGCGGCAGCGCGUCUAAGUUUUUUCAUAAGUGGUUCUUUUUAAAUUUGUUUUUGUCGAAUCUAUUAGGAUUUAGUUGGACCGGAGAGAAGCAGAGAAAGAAUGUGCUUAAAAGUGUGGAAAAUAACAGAAAAUACUGUGUCAAAACUCGCGGAGAGGAAAACACAGCAAAAUAUUUGAGGACCAAAUCGGCUCCUCUGCGAUGCCCUACAAAAAGAACCCGAUGAAAAGCGAACGAUGUUGCUCCUUGGCGCGCAAGCUGAUCAACGCGCCGCAAGAAGCGUUGACGAUCCUGGCGGACCAGGGCCUAGAACGGACUCUUGACGACUCGGCCGGCCGCCGAAUCCUCAUUCCCGAUUGCCUUCUCACUGCCGAGGCACUCCUGACGACACUGCAGGUGCAGUGAUCCCUCUCAUCUAACUCUGAAAACUUUCUUCAGAAUAUCUUCGAAGGGCUGAAAGUGCAGACGGAAAACGUGAAGAAGAUUGUCGAGGCCGAAUUGCCUUUUCUGGGGCUCGAAAAGGCCAUGAUGUUCUUGACGGAAGAAGGAGUUGAUCGUCAGAAGGUCCUAUUUUUCUUCAAUCUCAAAAAAUAUUGUGCGUUGUGAAGUUCAGAGAAACUUGAAAAGGAAGUAUAGACCGGAUAGUCGCGGCUUGAAGUCUGCUAAACACUAGGAAAAUUUUGCACCGCUUAGUUUUUAGAACAGUUUUUCAACGUUUCAAAAGUUUAGAAGAUCUCGUUUACAGGUGCAUUUUUAAGCUUUAACUUUAAUUAUUUUCGAUCCUAAUUUUAACUUGUGUAAAUCAUAGAAUUUCAAUCGUGUCUCAAAGAGUGCUUGACCAAAAAAAAAAUCUCAACAAACUUUAAUAUUGAGAAAAAAAAUUGUUACAAUGAUUUUUUCUUCUCUUAUCUCUUCCACAAUCUGUAGAAUGGAAAGCUCUUUGAGGGAGCUUUCCAAUCGAUUUCUUUCAACGUAUUUCUUCAUUUUUCUAGGCUCACGCUGUCAUUCGUGAAACAGCUCUUGCGGCAAAAGAGCUUCAGCUCAAACAACGCGUCGACAUGAGGACUAUGAUGGAAAAUGAAUUCUUCGACUCGGUCCGAGAAAAAGUCGUCGCUCUUGUGUCAAACCCUUUGAACUUCACUGGAAGGUAAAAUUGGCAAUGUUCUUUUUAUAUGAAAUUUUUAACCAGGUGUGUUUCGCAAACAGUAAAGUUUGUGAAGGAAGAACUGCAGCCGGUGGUCGAAAAGUACGUUGAUCCGAAUUCAGGCCGCGUUCAGCUCGAUGUCUGAUCUUCAGAAAUUCUCAAAAUCCAUAUCAUUUUUAGAAUUUCUUCAUAGCUGGUUGAAUAAAUGUUUUAUAUAUUUUUAUUCAACGGUUUUUUUUCAAGGUGCGUUCCAUAACUACAUACAGACAUGCACGCGGCUGUAAGUCAAAAAAAACUUGAGGUUUUGCAGCGGUCGACAACUUUUCAGAUGGGUCUACCUUCCAGAAAAGACUCGCCAUACACGUCCCAUUAUUGCGAAGAGAACAUAUUUAAACUGUGUCAACUUCUGGAAGGAAACGAAAAGGCUUUCGCUGUUUUCAUUUCGAACGGCAAAAAAACAAUUCCUCUGUGGAGUCAGCGUCUUUCUUCGAAUGGGUGAGGGGGCAAAGUAUUUUCGAGGGACAGACCGAAAAAAUGAUUGAAAGGGAACUAUGCUUCAUUAUUUCACUCGGGCUUCAGUUUGACUCAUUUUAAUACUCUUAAUCUUAUUUUUUUUUGUCAAUUUCCUUAAUCAAACCUUUAUCUUUAUAAGAAAAAUGAAACUUUUCGGACUCCCUAACAGUGGAAGUAAUUUUUUUUUGAAUCAUUUGAACUUCGUUUCAGUUAUGAGAAGUCAUUGAGCGGUAUAACCAAAAAGCGCCGAAAAUUUUAAUUUUUUUUUUCCUCUGAUAUCCUGUCGACAUUGAAACGUAUUCUUACAGAAGUUAUGUUUUAUGGGACUAUCAUGUCAUAUUAAUAAUACGAGGUGGCUCGCCCGCUGAGGAAAGUCUGGUGUACGACCUCGACUCUUCGUUGAGCUAUCCAACGAAGUUUUCUGAGUACUGGCAGAAAACCUUCAGACCCGAUAUUCCACUGAAAAACGUGUUCAGUAGGUCGGGAAGAGUUUCAAGAUGGCAAGAAAUGAUGGAAUCCAGGAGGUUUCGGGUAACUCCGCACAAAGACUUCGUGGCGACGUUCUCAUCGGACCGCCAACACAUGAAGAACGAAGACGGCACCUGGCAGGUUGGCUUUUCCGAAGUUUCUUUCGACGUUUCCCUCCAGAUGCCUCCACCGACGUGGGACCCGCCCAACCCCCAGAGCCCCUCAAAUAUGGAAGCCUUCAUCGAGAUGAGUCUGGAAUUCGGCGCCACUCGUCUGAUGGAUGAAACCGCCUUCCACGACUUUUUCACGCAACGGCUCUCCAACGUUUUUGAUAAAUGA